ACAUUAGAAGGCCUCGUCGUCGCGCUCCUUCCCUUCGAUGGGUCUUGGUGUCUGACACCUUGCUAAACAAUGCUCUCCUCGUUUCCUUUCAGUAAUCUCUGCAACGCCAAUCCAUCAAAGUUUUCAAUCCACCAGACCAUCGAUCCCUAUUUCCAACUUUAAACGUCAGCCGGAUCGUACAAAUCACCCUUCGCCAUGGAAAUGGCUUCGAUUUCUUCGGGUCCUCGUACGGUAGAAGAGAUCUUCAAGGAUUAUAGUGGACGAAGAGAAGGCAUCAUCCGAGCUUUGAUCUACGAUGUCGAUGAAUUCUACGCACUUUGCGAUCCAGAAAAAGAUAAUUUGUGCCUGUACGGCCAUCCCAAUGAGACUUGGGAAGUCACUCUUCCUGCAGAGGAAGUUCCCCCAGAGCUUCCAGAGCCCGCAUUGGGGAUCAAUUUCGCAAGAGACGGGAUGAACCGCAAAGACUGGCUUUCCUUGGUUGCUGUGCACAGUGAUUCUUGGUUGCUCUCUGUGGCCUUUUAUUUUGGUGCACGCCUUAAUCGUAACGAAAGGAAGCGCCUAUUUAGUCUGAUUAAUGAUCUGCCAACAGUUUUUGAAGUCGUAGCAGAAAGGAAGCCUGUUAAAGACAAGCCCAGUGCUGAUAGUGGAAGCAAAUCCAGGCUCAGCACAAAAAGGUCAAGUGAUGGGCAGGUGAAAAGCAACUCAAAAUUGGCUGAUGAGAGUUAUGGGGAGGAGGAUGACGAACACAGUGAAACCCUAUGUGGAAGUUGCGGGGGUAAUUAUAAUUCUGAUGAGUUCUGGAUUGGCUGUGACAUCUGUGAGAGGUGGUUCCAUGGAAAAUGUGUGAAAAUAACACCUGCCAAAGCUGAGAACAUAAAACAAUACAAGUGUCCUUCUUGCAGCUUGAAGAGAGGGAGGCAGUAAUCACUAAAACAUAUGAGAUUAACGUUAUUUUAGUGCCUGACAUUGUAGCAGUAGCAGUAGUAUUGAGUUAGAAAUAUUCUUGAUGUUGUGAUAUUUCUGGUUUUUAGUCUAACUAUGACCAUUAUAAGGUCGGAGUUUCUUUCUGUGGUUGUUACUAUAUAUAUUAGAUUUUGUUAUAUAUAUUAUAUACACAAUUUCAUGAA